CUUCUCUCAACCAAACCAAAUGACACUACCAAAUACCUAAGCCUCUCUCCACCCCCACACUUCCUCUUUUUAAAGUCACGAGACCCACUGUCCUUUUGUUCUUUCAAUUUUCAUAGAGAGAGAGUGAGAGAGUGUUGUUGAGUCCAGAGGGGGCUGGCAGAGGAACUGAUAGAGAACUUUCAAAGCUCUUUUUCUACCACCAUCACUCAACUAGCCUCUAUAUUGCAGUCUCAAACUGAAAGUCUUAUAAUUUUCUAAAAGCUUUACUUAUCUUCCUAUCUGGAAGAUUAUUUACCUCUCCUAUUUCUAUCUGUCUUUCUCUGUCGGUACCAUGAGACCUGAGGGAAACCCCUUAGACCUCAACAACUUGCCUGAUGAUUCUAGAGAUCAUGGUAAACAGGUCUUUGACGACAGCUCCUCCUCUGGCUAUAGGAAAAAGAAAAGCGGCGGAAAGGAUGGAAAAGACGAGUGUGGGAAGGUCUAUGAAUGUAGGUUUUGUUCCCUCAAGUUCUGCAAAUCUCAGGCCCUUGGGGGACACAUGAACCGCCACCGCCAAGAGAGGGAGACAGAGACACUGAAUCGGGCUCGUCAGCUGGUCUUCAGUACCGAUAACCUAGUCGGCCAAGGCGCCUCUCACCUAGGCUGCUGCCAACCAAUCACACCAGGAGGGUAUCAUCAAGCUGCAGGCAACAUUGGAGACCCAACAAUCCCUCUCAGAUACCCAAGAUUCUUCUCUGGUUCUCCAUCGAGUCACUUACCAGCACCACCACCUCCACAAGCACCACAACCACCUCAACCAUAUUUAUACAGCUCUCCCUCACGCCCCAUGUCUUUUCCUGCGCCUUAUCCUCAACAUCCAAUGAGUGAUUACUAUGUUGGUCAUGUUCUUAGCAGUAACCAACAGUACAGUCACCCAAACCUAAACUAUGUACCAGACUCUAGUAGUUACACUUGCAUUGGUGCACCAGUUGGACAAGGUUUUGCACCAGGAGGUAGCAGCAGGAGCUCAGAAUUGGUUGGAGGAAGUGGUGGUGGUGGUAGUGGUAGAGAUGGGUCACUGCACAAUCAAGAGGAGGGAUUGAAUUGGGGACGAGGCUAUGCAGGGACACAGCAACGUUUGGAUCCUCCAUCAUCGAUCAAUCGGUUUCAAGAUGGGUUCUAGAGAGAGAUUUUUAGAGCGAUAGUUUGAAGAACUAUUAAUCUACAUUGACACGCCACCCACCACAAAGACAAACACAUAGAGAAAGAAAGAAGAAAGAAGAGAGAGAGAGAGAGAGAGAGACAGGGAGAAAGAGAGAGACUUAACAAGCUGACAGAUGGGGUCAUGAAGGGAGAGAGAUUUUUGGAUUUUCUACAGGGAUUGAGACAGCUUUUGAGCUCAUGUAUAUGCUCAGCUACUUUGGCUUGGAGCUGUAUGGGGAUUGAAGGGGGGUUUUGUAUUGGUUUGUACAAGCCAACUGUGAUGAAAAAGGAGGAACUAGACCUGGUGGGACAAGAAGUUAGAUAUGAACUGAAAGUUCGCAACCCCUUUUUGCAUUUGGAGUUCGUUUUGCAUGGCAACAGUUUUUUUUUUUUUUUAUUU